AAGUUUGCCAUGUUUAUCGAAAAAACCGUAGCUCCUGACUGUCACCUGCUUGGAUGGACAUCGCCAGUCAGACUAAUACUUCAAGGAGUGGUGGCUUUGGGAUGUACCCAGCGAUUCAUGCACAAACGUACAAUUGCGGUGGCAAUUUGCGAAUGUCAUUUCUGUUUUGGAAAAUAACCAAUAGUUAUCUAGAGGGGCCAGGAUGACAGCGAGGCAGGAAGCUUUUCCUCUCCUUGAAUUGAGACAUAGCCAACCGCCCAGAGCUAUAUUACUCGAUGUACCUUUUUUUUGAAAGUCGAGACAACUUAGGCAGAGAAACACAAAGCAUGUGUCAACAUAAAUUGUAUUCGGAAUACACUAGCAAUUCUAUGGCCAAGGAAAUCAAUGCAUGAGGGUCUG